UCCAAGGCCGUAAUGGGUUGACAGCGUGCGUAUUUUGAUGCGCUCCCGGACAGCAGUUGCCGAACGCAUGGCUUACUGAAAGCCUUGGUCUGCUCUCAUCUACAUAUCUCGUCGUUCGUGCUCGCACUCUUUGACUCUCUCCAACUAAUCACCAGGUCUUGCACUAGUCAUUAGUGCGAUUAAUCGGCUCGCGUUCGUCGUCUGAGCCCACGAGGAUCGUUGUUAAGCACUCGGCUGCUUUCUGAGACAUUCGACAAUGUCUCAGUCAGGCCCCGGUCUUCCCUACCAGCCUUACAGGUCAAAGCGGCAUUCGCACACUCCGUCCAACUCUCAUCCCAGCACACCGACCAACGUAUCAGCCCCGCCGAUAUCUCGACCACCUAGCGUCGUCAUUCCGAAGACCCCACCCCCGCAACCCAUUACGAACGGAAGAAGUGUUUGGGAGGAGGAAGCCGAGGAAAAACCGACCGUGUUGCCGCAAUCGGUCCAAUCACCACCUCUGCCCGUCAUCGUUCUCCCGGUCCCGCCGCAAUCGAAUGGAACAGACUCCCCCGAAGAAACUGUCUCGCCUGUUCCCGCCACGGCUUCUUCGACUGUUUCCAUCCUUCUACCUGAACCCGCCUCAGAAGCUUCGGCGAUCGGCCUGAGUGAAGGUAUAGAAACCGACACACCAUCGUCUCCCACUGCUUCUCAAGCAGAGAGCCCCGGGUCAAGUCUACGGGAACUACCAACUACUUCGUCGUCAACAACUCCAGCCGUUGCCGAUACUCGACCCACUGGACCGCCGAGGAAGGUGUCUACAUUUCGACGUAUCCCGCGAAACUCUCGCGGUCCACUCCCUCCCUCUCCUUUGGCAGAAGGGAACUCACGAACACUCUCGUCCUCGUCUCUUGCUCCAUUACCACUUCCACCGACCGCAGCGGAUGUAUCGUUGUCAUCAAGACCGACCUCCAUGAUUGUGGACCAGCGAACAUUGGUUCCACCACCUCCUCCCACGAAGGAAAAUGGCUCGGGCCUCAAGGCUAGACGGCACUCUAUGCCAUUGAACGCGGAUGCUGUCUCAGCCUCCCUAGCGACGCAUCCCGCGAGAAGUUCGUCCCUUGCUGCAUCUGUUGCAGCCCCCAUAUCCCGGGUUCCGUCGUCGACCGCUUCAGGUCAAUCCACUCCGAGCGCCGCUCCCGGGUCCAUCCCCCCAUCCCCAUCUUCACAACAACCUCCACCGCUUCGCCCCGCUUCUGCGCCGUAUCGGCCCGGCUUCCAACCCAAGGGAGUGUAUCGCCCUAGAACAGACGAAUUCGUUGAGCAUCGGAAGGCGCACGCUAUAUCCGCAGGGUAUGCUUCCGCGGAACGGACGAAGCUUGAACGAAGGCUGGAGAAGCUUGUUCAUCUGCAUUUUCCAGAGGAAAAGAAGGCGUCCACCGUAGGGACUGGUUUGCGCCCUGGACUUUCUCAACCCAGCGUUCGCCGCGCAUCAUCGUUCUUCGACCUGGAUUUGAAGGGGAUCUUGUCUGGUGGAGGUGCCAAGGAUGAUCUGCGCGCAGCAGAGCAGAGGCUGACGCCCUGGCAAGACGAUUCUUCGGUCAGCAAAUGCCCGUUGUGUUUAACCGGGUUCCACCCCUUGACCGUUCGCAAACAUCACUGUCGGCUGUGCGGCAAGAUUAUAUGCGCGCUUCCUAUCAAGCGACCCCAGCGUCCGGAACCUUGUUCGAUCCUGUUCGUAGUCGACCCGAAGACGAGGAACAUCGAGGAAGUCGGGGAAGGGGUAGACUACGGCGUUAAAAAGCGACGCACCGAGAGUACUGGGGGAGCUAAGAAGACGCAAGAUGCGGUCGAGGAGGAAAAGUUUCUUCGUGGUGUCCGGAUCUGCAAGGAUUGUCGACCGGUGCUAUUGCGCGAGCAAUAUCAUCAACAGAACAAUCAGGUCCCAAUGUUUGUGAAACUUUAUGAGGCCAGUGGCAAUCUGUCCUGCUUGGCACGUCAACUGAGCCAGCAUGUAGGCCUUUCUCUCUUUGGAGAAGGAGAUAGAGGAGGCUUUGCCUCAGUUCCAGGAGCUCAUCCUUAGUCUCAACCAAGAAGCAUCCCAGACGUCCAAGGAAGCCACCGCUGCGAGAAAACGACUUUUGGAAGCCUUUGCCCAGUACGAUGCGCUGUCCAAGAGGAUACGGGCCCUUCCCACCCCCAACGGAAAGGGAAGCUCCCAGGAAAGGGUUCAAAUUGCGGUGAUGACCAGAGCCAAUUUCUUUCUCCAGAAGAAUAUGUUCCCUCUACAGUCUCUGCCUACACCGAAGCGAGCAGGAUCGAGCGCUCUGGUCCAGGCUCAAGAGGACGAUCUCUUCGAAGACCCGAGUUCUGCCACGGCUCUGGCUUUGCAGCCGCUACUUGAACAAGAGGCCUUACUCGAAAACUACGUCGAGGAGGCCAAGGCGCAGCGGAAAUUCGAGGAUGCGAAAACUCUCCGUCAAAAUCUCGGUGAGAUUCGACAGGAGAUCGAACGGGUAUUGGCGGCUGAAGGGCUCGAAGGAAGGGCAGUACGGAGGGCGAAAUGAGCCGUAGCAUUCACUAGUUUAUGUCUUAUGGGUGCUUCUUCGUUCGCCUAGCGAAGCGUGGGUCUCAUCUGAUGAUUGCCGUAACCGAGAGAUUGAGCGCGCGUCAACCCCGCAGACACGUGACCGUGAUCCGCCACCGGUUAUGAUAACCCCCACGUCAAUAUCAGAUGCAACUUGCGCAGGGCCAUAGUCAUGCUAGCAGCGCUCAGCAACGGGCUGAAACGUCUCCCACCUCGCCGCAUUCGCUCACAAGUCUCGCUCAGAAUGCUCGGGUCUCAACCCCCCAACUGGAAAACCGUCGCGCCAGCGCCAUCGGAGCCAGGACCCACGUUCGCAGGCCAGUCUUCGCUGCCGCUGCUCCCUGUCCCGGAACUCGAAGCAACUCUCGCGCGGUUGAAAGAGUCCUUGAAGCCUCUUGCGUGGUCGCAGGAUGAGCUCGCCGCCGCAGAGGCCAAAGUCGACGAAUUCGCUGCUGGCAUGGGCCCUGAGCUACACGCGCGACUGCUCGAGCACGCAAAGCAACGCACCCAUUGGCUUGAAGAGUGGUGGGACAACAUCGGAUAUCUCGGAUACAGGGACUCGGUGGUAGUGAAUGUGUCGUACUACUAUGGGUUUGGGUCGCAACCUCCACACGCUACCCAAGGCCGCCUUGGUCGUGCUGCAUAUCUCGCUCGCGCGACGAUGCUGUUCCGACAGAGGCUCAGACUCGGGCAGCUUCAGCCGGAGACGAUGAAGGAUGGCCCGAUAUGCAUGGAUACCUACCGAUGGAUGUUCGACUGCUGUCGCCUCCCCGGGCCAGAAGGCCUUGACUGGAGUGUGUCAUAUGCCAAACCGGGAGACAAGGGUGACACCGGGCACAUGAUCGUUUUCCGAAACAAUCGGCCAUGGAAGGUGGAGCUCACCAAGGACGGACGGAUCCUGUCCGUCAUAGAAAUUAUCAAGCAGCUGCAGCACAUCGAAGAUAACUCCAAGGGGGAAUACCCUGCAGUAGGCGUGCUGACGUCGAACAACCGUGAUGUCUGGGCCAAAGACUACGCUGAGCUGAUGUCCUCUGCGCACAAUGCCUCGAUUCUGCACGACAUCCAGUCCGCUGCGUUCUCGAUCAGUCUCGAUUCGUCUGCUCCGCUGUCUCCUGUACAACACAGUCGUGAUCUCUGGCACGGUGCAUUGGUCGAUGGCGUGCCUGUCGGGCUGCAGAAUCGAUGGGUCGACAAGCCUGUGCAAUACAUCGUUUUUGAGAACGGAAACUCUGGACUGAUGGGAGAGCACUCGGUGAUGGAUGGGACCCCCACGGCUCGCAUGGCUGACGAAGUCCUGGACAUGAUUGCGUUGCAGUCGUUCGACACAGGCAGGAACGAGUACGCACAAGCGCCAAGAAACGACAGCUUGCCCAUUUCACUGGACUUUGAGGUUUCUCCCGCGACCCAGAAGGCGAUUGAAGCUGCCAAUGCUGCUGCGAAGGAACUGAUCGAAAGCCAAGAGCUGGGAUUCCACAUCACUGCGUAUGGCAAGGCUGCAAUCAAGAAGUUUGGGGUCUCACCCGACUCUUGGGCACAAAUGAUCAUCCAACUGGCUUACCAUCGUCUGUUGGGUGGGGCCCAGCGCGUGGGGGGCACGUACGAGGCCGCCUCGACCCGGAGAUUCUUGAAGGGAAGGACAGAAGCGAUCCGUGUAGUCUCCAGCGAGUCGGAUGCGUGGGUGAAGAGCAUGGACGCCGAUUCCAUUCCUUCGUGGCAGAAGAAGCAGUUGUUCAAGGACGCUGUCAAAGUGCACGGAGACCGAGCUCGAUCUGGUGGCAUGGGACAAGGCAUUGACCGGCAUUUGUUCGGUCUCAAGAGAGUACUCAAGCCGACGGAGACGGCCCCUGCAUUGUUCAGUGACGCGCUCUUCCAGCGUUCGAGCUACUGGGUUCUCAGCACGUCCGCCAUCUUUUCGAAACAUUUCCCAGUGUAUGGCUGGGGUGAAGUUGUUCCAGACGGAUUCGGUGUCGCUUAUGUGACAGGCUUUGACGACCGUCUGCAAUACACCGUCACGUCUAGAGUAGAGAGUCCCAACGCUAGGUUCACGGAGGAAAUCGCCCAGGCUGCAAAAGAUCUAUACGACCUGCACGCGAAGGAUAUUUCCGGUCAACCCAAGUUGUAGAUCCCGAGCGAGUUUGCUCGUGUACUGAUAAUUUCAAAGUGCUUGGACUUGCACAACUUAUUGGGAAUAGUCACAUUGAAUAAUUAAAAGCACUUUCCGAUGAGAG